AUGGCCAAUCUUGGGGAGGAGGUAAACGAAUGGGAGCAUCUUAAUCGCACCAAUUGGCGUGGUUUAGGCUUGGUGGACCCAAUAAAGAGUGUAGAGGACAAAUGGCUAUUGCUACCCGCUUUCUUAAAAGUCAAAGGUCUUGUCAAGCAGCACAUCGACUCGUUCAACUAUUUUGUCGAUGUAGACAUCAAAAAUAUCGUUAAAGCUAACAACAAAGUCACAUCAGACGUGGACCCCCGUUUCUGGUUGAAGUAUACAGACAUCAAUGUUGGAUAUCCAGACCGAACGGAUCUCGACGCUAUAGACAAAAGCAUCACGCCUCAUGAAUGUCGUUUGCGCGAUAUAACUUACAGCGCACCAGUCGUCGUAACGAUUCAAUACACCCGUGGCAAGAGUGUCGUUAGGAGGCCCAACGUCAACAUCGGUCGUCUUCCCAUCAUGCUGAGGAGCAACAAGUGUAUAUUGACGGGAAAAAAUGAGGCUCAGUUGGCCCGUAUGACGGAAUGUCCACUCGAUCCAGGAGGUUACUUUGUCGUCAAGGGCACUGAAAAAGUCAUCCUGGUACAAGAACAACUCAGCAAAAAUCGUAUUAUAGUUGAGACGGACUCAGUCAAGGGUGUUGUUCAAGCCUCUUGUACAUCCUCUACUCACGGCGGCCUCAAGUCAAAAACAUAUGUAGCUACGAAGAAGGGCAAGAUAUACCUCCGGCAUAAUUCCAUUCACGAAGAUGUGCCAAUUGUAAUAGCUCUGAAAGCCCUUGGAAUUCAGGCAGACAAAGAGAUCCUUCUUUUGACAGCUGGAAACACCGAGGCGUACAAGUCUGCGUUUUCGGCUAAUUUGGAGGAAGCAGCAAAGCUCGGAGUGUUCACUCAUCAUCAAGCGCUGGAGUGGAUAGGAACCCGAGUCAAGGUGAAUCGUAAGGUAGUUGGCCCCCGAAGGCCGGCUUGGGAGGAAGCUCUGGAGGCUCUAGCGACAAUCGUUUUAGCGCAUGUGCCGGUAAAAGGACUGGACUUGAGAUCAAAAGCCAUCUUUGUGGCAACGAUGACUCGCAGAGUGUUGAUGGCAAUGGAUGACGAAAAAAUGGUGGACGAUAGAGAUUACGUUGGGAACAAGCGUCUUGAGCUGGCGGGUCAGCUACUGGCGCUCCUAUUUGAAGAUCUAUUCAAAACAUUCAACUCCAACUUGAAGUCCUCAAUUGAUAAAGUUUUGAAAAAGCCUUCACGGACGAAUGAAUUCGACGCGUUUAACACGAUGCAAUUUCAGGGGGACCACAUUACUUCCGGCUUCAUACGCGCGAUCUCAACAGGAAAUUGGUCUUUAAAGAGAUUCAAAAUGGAGCGAGCCGGAGUUACGCAUGUGCUGAGUCGAUUGAGCUUUAUUUCGGCCCUUGGGAUGAUGACACGUAUCUCGUCGCAAUUUGAAAAAACGAGGAAAGUCAGUGGGCCUCGAGCGCUACAACCCAGUCAAUGGGGUAUGUUAUGUCCCAGUGACACUCCCGAAGGAGAGGCAUGUGGGUUAGUGAAGAAUUUGGCGCUGAUGACACAUAUUACAACGGAUGUAGAAGAAGAACCGAUCGUUCGCCUGGCCUUCAUGCUCGGCGUCGAAGAUAUCAGUUUGGCCACCGGGACGGAGAUAUACGGACCUCAUACCUUUGUGGUUAACGUAAAUGGGACGAUUGUGGGCUUGACGCGGUACCCCACGCGAUUUGUCUCGAACUUCCGAAGGCUGCGAAGAGCAGGGCGGCUGAGCGAAUUUGUGGGCGUUUACAUCAAUCAUCACCAUCACGCGGUCCACAUUGCAAGCGAUGGGGGUCGCAUUUGUCGUCCAAUGAUCAUCGUUGAAAGUGGGCGCCCGAGAGUCACGUCGGAUCACAUCAUGUUGCUUAAAAAGGGCGUAGCUACGUUUGAUGACUUUUUGCGUAAAGGUCUCGUGGAAUAUCUUGACGUGAACGAGGAGAAUGACUCAUACAUCGCGCUGUAUGAGUCCGAUAUAGUCCCGACUACGACGCACCUGGAAAUCGAACCGUUCACUUUGCUUGGAGCGGUUGCUGGCCUUAUCCCUUAUCCACAUCACAACCAGUCCCCUCGUAAUACUUAUCAAUGCGCUAUGGGUAAACAAGCGAUAGGCGCGAUCGGAUACAAUCAAUUCAACAGAAUUGACACGCUUCUUUAUCUAUCCGUUUACCCACAACAACCCAUGGUCAAGACAAAGACUAUAGAGCUUAUUGGGUAUGAUCGUUUACCAGCUGGUCAAAACGCCACAGUCGCUGUCAUGAGUUACUCAGGAUAUGAUAUAGAAGAUGCUCUUAUUCUAAAUAAGGCUAGCCUUGACCGUGGCUACGGAAGAUGUCAAGUGCUUCGCAAAAAUGCCACUCUUAUCCGCAAAUAUCCAAAUGGCACUUUCGAUCGAUUGGCAGACGCGCCACUCGACGAAAAUGGGCAAAUUCAGAAAAAGUACGAUAUCGUUCAGCUUGAUGGUCUAGCAGGUGUAGGAGAAAGAGUUGACCCAGGAGACGUUUACAUCAACAAGCAAACCCCAACAAAUGCCAACGACAAUUCAUUCACUGGCCAAGCUGCGGCAGUUCCAUACAAAAACUCGCCGAUGACCUACAAAUCACCUGUCGCAGGUUAUAUCGAUAAGGUCCUGGUCAGUGACACCGAGAACGAUCAGACCUUGAUAAAAGUGCUGAUCCGACAGACGCGGAGACCAGAACUGGGAGAUAAGUUCUCGUCACGCCAUGGCCAGAAGGGUGUUUGUGGUCUGAUCGUGAAUCAAGAAGAUAUGCCAUUUAACGAUCAGGGAAUAAAUCCAGACACCAUCAUGAAUCCGCACGGUUUCCCCUCUCGUAUGACUGUAGGGAAAAUGAUAGAGCUAUUAGCGGGAAAGGCUGGCGUUCUCAGCGGUAAACUACAAUAUGGAACAGCCUUCGGUGGUUCCAAGGUGGAAGACAUGUCUCGCAUUCUGAUCGAGAAAGGUUUCAACUACGCAGGAAAGGAUAUGCUGACAAGUGGUAUAACUGGAGAACCUAUGGAAGCUUACGUGUACUUCGGACCUAUCUAUUACCAAAAACUCAGUGAGAUAGUUGUUGCUUACUUGUCUAGUUCACUGAACAGUUCUAAUCUCGCUACAGAACACAUGGUUAUGGACAAGAUGCAUGCUAGAGCUAGGGGGCCACGCGCAACUUUAACACGACAACCUACCGAAGGCCGGUCCCGAGAGGGGGGUCUUAGGCUCGGCGAAAUGGAGCGUGAUUGUCUGAUUGGUUAUGGUGCUACACAGCUACUCCUGGAACGCCUCAUGAUUUCCUCCGAUAAAUUUGAGGUCAACGCCUGUCAAGAGUGCGGCCUUAUGGGAUACAAUGGAUGGUGUACCUAUUGUAAAAGCUCCAAGAGAAUGGCACAACUAACUAUUCCUUACGCUGCGAAGUUGUUAUUCCAGGAGCUCAUGGCCAUGAAUGUAAUACCACGGCUAGUACUGGAUGAUGCUUGAUGAUGGCUAGACGGCGUCCAUUAAUUUCUGCAUUUCUGAUUCCUGACAAACCCACAAUACCUCCACGUGUAGCAACUACAUUUGACCGUCAUAUGUACAUAAAAGCAGAUCUAAGAGAUCCUCGGUGUAUCAAAAGUGGACUAUAGCAUG